UGCGGGGUGGUCGCGCGGCAACCACUAUCUCGAACGCCGGCAUCUUUCAUAAGGAAUACGCGGGAAGAGACCUUGUUUAUGUUUCAUUGAUUCGGAAACCUGAGCAGACGCGCUUUCGCCGAGACUUCUCGACGGAAACUUUUAUUUGGCUGUUUAUACUGUUUUUCUCCUAUAAUAAUGCGGGCAAAAAAUUGAAAAUAGUUGAUAAAGCUUUAUAAUAAACAAUUACAUUAAGAAAUUUUAUGCCAAACGAUUUGCUAACUUACUUGUUUUGAUAUUUGUGUGAAAAAGUUGGAAUUAUUGAAUUUCUUAACAGAAAUCUACUAAUGUGUCAUUAAUUCUUACUGUCGAAUCUUUCAUUUGUAUUGAUGCGAAAUAAAUUUCAAUUGCAAUGUCAAUGGAAUUCGAAAAUUUUUUUUUCAAGAAUUUAUCAGAAGUAUAUUAAUGAAUUGAUUCUCAGUAUUUCAUAUUUAAAGUUUCAAGAAGAGAAUUAAAAAAAAAAUCAUAUCUUCAAAACUGUUGGAAUAUCGCUCAACAAAUUGGAAGAAUUUUAUUUGAAAGCAAGUUCUAAUGCAUGGGAAUUUAAGAAAUUAAAUAAUUCGAAUGCCAUAAAGAAAUUUAUUCUUCGAUAUGUAUAGAAAAACAAUCUAGAAAAUGUAAAAUUUCGAAAAAUAGUUUUUAAAGCAUUUGGAUCUUUCCAAAUAAGUUUCGGAGCAGAAGCGUGAUGUUGAUUUUUAUCCUUUUAGUGUCAUCUCUGAAAAAUAAUAUGGAAGCUUCGAUUUACAUCAGUUACACUUAGUGUGCAAGACUCCUUUACAAAUUUACAAAUAAAUUUAGCUUCAAGAAUUGCUUCUAAGCAUUCCAAACGAUUUUCUGGCUGUUUUAUUAGUACGAAUAUUGUAGAACAGUGAAGAAAUAUCACUGUUUUUGCUGUAAAUUUAGAACAGCAUUAGAUAUAUAUUGUUCGCCAGUUAGACCAUCGAUAACUAACUCCUACAUAGUGACUUGAAUAUUGUAGAAGUAAUUAAAUUUCUGUGUACCCAAAUAUAUAUUGUAGGAUAACUUGAACCAAAUCACGACAUAUGAUAAUGUUUCGUUAAAAAUAGCAAUUAUAUUAGGCUGACACGCAAGUGUUUCUUCAGUUUUCUGCUAUCUUCGGUCUUCCAUCGAUAUGGCAAUGUGUAACGGUUGAAAGUACAGUAGUGACCCCAAGGCGGUGAUGUGGUCAAAGGAUUUUCUGCUUUUAGGACGUUUAUUUGCUGGAUUAGGCUGUCUCUUUGUAUGCAAGAGUGCAGACGAUUCUCCCCUGGAGAAAACCAUCUUGGUGGGGGAAUCUGUCAGUAUCCCGUGCCCACUUUCCACACCGGGAGGAUCCGUGCAAUGGAUGCAGGACGGUUCACCUAUUGUACUCGACCUCAGCGCCACACGGCGGCGGCAGUGGAACAUUUCGCCUGACGGAACGGCCGCCCUCACCAUCUCCGAAGUUCGUCGGACGGAUGCGGGCCGCUGGGAAUGCCGGGAGCUCGGAUCUGACGGAAGUGUCAGAAAAGUCGCCAGAGUUCUCGACCUCGUCGUAGGCAGUCUUUCUUCACCAGGUUCUCCUUCGGAUCCGUAUUUAGAGUUGGAGGGCCGUCGUCUCGUCCACCAAGCGACAGUCACAGUCAAGGAGCCGCAAAAGCUGUCUCUCCACUGCAUUGUGUCCGGUGCAAUUCCACCAGUUCGACGCAUACACUGGUCAAUUGGUGAGGCCAAUCUGACGUCAGUGAGCGAGUUGUUCGUGGAGUUCUCCGCCUCGGAAGAUGCCUACACGAGCCGCAGCGUCCUUGCUCUCAACGUCACCCGGAGGGUCCACGGAAAGGAGCUAGUCUGCAAAGUGCACCACAUCACUUGGCUGCAAGCGGCAGCUGUCUCUGCGUCCCUCAACGUUCUCUAUGAGCCCUCUUUCUCCAUCAGCCGGGAACCCGGGUUCGGUCUACCUCUGUUGGAAAGCAUGCGAGUGUCGCUGCGAUGCGAGGUGGACGCCAACCCUCCCAGCGAUCCCAUAUGGGUCAGAGACGACGGGCCUCUCACCGUCUCGCAAGACUCCCAAGGAUUCCUCAACUUCACCCCCGUCGCACAUGAGCACGCUGGCUGGUACAGGUGUACCACACACCAUGAAUUUGGGUUCUUCGCUUCGUUCGGAUACUUUCUAAACGUCAGAACGGCAGAAUUGCCCCUUUCAUCAGACGAUGGAAAUUCACAACUUUCAAAUGGUCUUGGACAAUCAACUAACAUAGGUUGCAUACCUGACGGUCGGCCGGAGGUGACGGCUGUCAACAAAUCCCUGAUGGCCAUCGCGGGUAGGUCGGCCCUGCUUGCGGGGCAGCUCUGUUCAAGUCCGCGACCCCUCAGAGUAUUCUGGGUAGUACGACAUCUGGUGCUCAAGCCCGGAGAUGUCAGACACCCCUAUGUCGCAUACAAUCUCACGGAAACCGAAAUCCCAAAUUGUUACAUGGGAGGCCUGGAACUGCGUCGUCUGCAGGUGGAAGAUUCCGGAGAGGUGUUGCUUGUGGUGAAGAACGCCCAUGGUAUCGCGGACGCACUCUUCCUCCUCAACGUCACGCAAGCAUCUUCCUUUUCGGCAUCCUCAGCAGCAGGAGUCGUGCGCGGAUGCCUGCUGCUCACCCUCCUCAUCCCUGUGUGCCUUCUGUGGCUUCGGCAGAGAAUCAUCGACUCCAGCUGACCCGCGAACAGGUAGAAUUAGUGACAGAAGCAACAGAAUCCCGAGAUUGAUUCACGAAUCUUGUUCUAGAUCAAAGUCGUGAUACAGACUCAAUCGACUGCAGAGAAAAGAAUUUCUGGACACUUCGAACAUUCCUCCGAAGGGGUUCACAUCACAUCCCCGUCUGUAUUUCUUUGUGCCAUAUGAUACCACCCCCUGCAUUCUCAGAACCCUCCCUUCUCUACUGCUGUCUGGUGAGAAUGCCACCGGCCGAACAAUUUUUCACGACCAGCCUCAUUUACUGAAUGUGUACAGAUGAAAAACGGACAGGACUCCUGUCUUCAUUUCGAUCUCUGAAAGAUUUUUCUAUUCGAAAAGGACUCUAGAGUGAAGAGCAUUUAAGUGAAAA